UGCGUUAUAUUGAAUUGCCAUUUCAGAGUGAAAAUACUAUAAGUCAAGACAGAACUGAUAAGUGGAUAAUGAUAAAUAUGUCUAUUUACUAUCUUGAAUACAAAUGCUACAUUUCACUAAAAACAUCAAAUGAUCAAGUAAUCAGAAACUUAGUACAAGAAGCAAUAGAACAAAUAUUUAAAAAUAAAUAUUAUGCUUGCCAUACGGAAUUUCAUGACAAGUCCUUAUAUGCUGUUGGAUGUAUUUUUUCAACAGAAACUCAAAAAAUAUGUGGAGUUGAAAUUCAAGAAUUUAUUUACAGAUUGAAUAAGCUUGAAAAAAUAGAAUUACAAAAUUUCUUAGAUGAAUUUUCAUAA